AAAUGUGCAAAUACUGCAUAAUGUAAUCAGUACAACAGGGAAAGGUAAGGUAAUGUAAAACCUAUUUGUUAUUUAUAGGUGUGUGUGUGUGUGCAUGUGCGUGAGUGUUUGCAUGUGUGUGCGUGCGUGUUGAACUGGGAGUGUCUUGUCUCCUCCGUGCUCGUCAUUCAUUACGGAAAAAAAGUGCAGACUGCAGACACACAAACUCAGGCUAUCUACACAACAACAGCAUCAACAAAGUGGAGUCAUGGAGAAGAGUCCAAAUGCAGAGAGACAUACAGAGGACACCGCCUGCAUGUGUUUGCAGAGAAGUUCCUCUCUCAGACGUAAAUGGAGGAAACGAUAUGGAGGUCUGGAUGGAAACAAACUUCUAGAACCUGAACAAGACUUACAGGCCACAGAGGAGGCGCACAAGAAUGAUGACAAGCUGAAUAGCGCUGACAACCAGCUUACGGCACCACAACCAGCUUCCCGGAUUCUGAUCCAGAACCAACUGCAGAGUUCAGUCCAGAAGCCCAUUAGUCUGGUCAGUCCUGGAGCCGCAGGUGCAUCUGGAGCGUCAUGUCCAGUGGUUCCGGUGUCAGUCAGGGGUGGUUGCCAGAAGCCCCUCCCACCCCAAGCCAUGGUCCAACCAAAGGACAGGUGCCUGCAGGUGGCCCAAUCCUGGUGCCCUCCCCAGCAGACUCCAACCAAACGCAAGGCCGCAGCUGACGUUCUCUUUGACACGUUCGCCUGCGACGGAAGAAUCAACACCAAUCACUUCUUUGAGGCCGUCUGGAGUUGUGGUCUUCACCGGUCUGACUCACGGCUCCAGGACUGUUUGUCCCUCCUCAGGAAGCUUCAGGACUCCGAGGCUUGUGUAGACAGAAGCACCUUUCACAGGUGCGUGACAGGUGUGGUGUCUCUCCUGAUGAAAGUACUCCAGGGAAGACUGGUGAUUCCGGACUUUUCCAGCUUCACUGAGGAAACACAGAAAUUGUUUUCGCGAUGUCGUCAGCUGUCGUGUGUUCAGGACAAAGACAACAUGGACACUGUCAAAUGGGCCGUGUCUGUGUGCACAGUAGACGGUCAAAGGUUGUCGCUAGGCGACUGGGCUACGUCCCUCCCACUGGGCGAGCUGUCAUGGCCGCUGGUGUACGGUGUGGCAGUGGAGCUGCUGGGCUCCCAGCUGGUCCACAGGUAUGUGGGCACGGAGCCGUAUUCCUUGCGGGAGUCUCCCUUCUCACUCAGCAAAGCAGGAACCCCUCACAGUCCACUCACGGAGACCGGCGCCAUUGUCACCGCUUCCUUACUGCAGCUGCCGGGACGUCUGUGCGCUGACGAAGAGGAGAAGUACGACUCGGUGCUGAACGUCAUCCAGAGGCUGUGCAACAAAGAACACGCCAGCAUUAACUGCGCCAGUUUUCAGAGCAGCAAGAACGCCAAAGCGCGGCUUCACGCACUCGGCUUCUACCUGCAGGAGAAGAAGUGCUUGCCAGAGAAAACAGAUGUCAACGCCGCCUUGGACCUGCUGUUGCAGUGUUCCUCCACGGAGGUGACGUGCGAGUCGGGCGCAGCCAUGGCAGCAUCGCUGGCUAACGGCGGCCUCUGCCCGCUCUCAGGAGACCAGGUUCUAUCACCAGCGACCACUCGGAGCGUUCUGUCCGUGAUGCAGGUGGCCGGGAUGAAGGACUACUCCACCGACUUCCUCUAUAAGGCGUCCAUACCAGCCGUGUCCGGCAGCCAUGGCGGACUGCUUGCCGUCAUUCCCGGCGUCCUGGGCCUGAUGGCCUUUUCUCCAGAGUUGGACGCCUAUGGAAACCCAUGGAGGGCGGUCCACUUCUGCCAGGAGCUGGUGUCCACCUUUCAGCUCCACGCCUUCGACAUCAGGACGCCUUUCCGGCAGGUUCUGGCCUACAGGCAGUGGAAGGCAGAAUCUGAGGGUUACCACAUCAUCAAUGUCCUGUUGGCCGCCUUCAAAGGAGAUGUUCGGGCGCUGCAACGCUACUUCCUGUCUGGAGUGGACGUAAACGCUGUCGACUAUGAUGGCAGGUCAGCGCUGCACUUGGCUGCUGCUGAAGGUCACACGGAGGUGAUCCGCUUCCUGCUGGAGAACACAGGAGCCAAUCCCGCCCUCAAGGACAGGUGGGGGAGCUCUCCUCUACAAGAGGCCAGAAGACACAACAGAGAGGGGGCGGUCCAGCUGCUGCAAGCAACCAUGUGAUGCUUCCAAACUAAACGACCUCUGCCAAGGCCCAACAAACCCAACUCAUUGGGAUCAAUAGAAAACAGAACCUUUUGAAGGUUGCACGUAGCCAACAGCAGGGGGCAGUGUCAUAUUUGUAACAAGUCAUUAACACGUGGAUCUUGUUUUUACAGAAGUACAUUUUGCAUUUUGUCUGGUUGCCAUGACAUCUUUUUAUCAAGAGCACGUCACUGAGGGAACAAGAUUGAAUUAGUCUGUGAGUCGACAACAAACUGUGUUUGUGUUGUCAAUCUAAUUAGGAGUAAACAAGAUUUGAAAUAAAUGUCUUGUUGAUUUUAUCUUAAGACGUGUGUGAGCAAAAGCUCACCGGAAGUUAUAAAAACGUUUCACAAU